GCAAGUUCACCUGCUGAACACGGCGCCUCCCACAGUGUUUGUCACCGGACCGCCCGGUACAGGUAAAACUGUGGUGCUGCUGAUGAUGGGUAUAAAAUGGCUGCUUGGUGGUCACCACGUCUACAUUGUCAGUACCUGGACUAUAAGUCAUGCAGCGAGCAUCAUGCUGUAUCACCUGUUGCUGCAGACAGUAAACACACAACAGUCAGCAGGUGUAUCACCCGGUCAGCCUCACCUCCUGCAGUAUAAGCUUGAUGACCGCCAAGACGUGGAGAAGGCUGUCAACGACUUGUCACAGGCAGCAAGUGGAGGGUCGUUGUACGUCAUCGCUGAUGAAGUGAAGUCACGAUACUUCCGCACUGUGUGUGACAAGCUGCUGACACAAGUUCCUCAUCUCCAUCUGUGGGCGGCAAGUUUUCACCAUGAAGACGCACCCGCCGGCUGGCAAGUGGAAUAUUUAACCAGACCCCUCCGCUCUCCACCGGCCGUCGUCAGGGAAGUCGCGCAGAACUGGAGUAUCACUGACUUUCGUGAUGUCCUGCCGUACAGUGAGCGAGGUGUGGCCGACCACACAGACGGCCCGCCAGUCACACGACUGUAUCAUGGUGAAGGUCACUCAGGUGACAGGCCACGUGACUGCGUCACGUGCGGUCGUGACGUGGCCAGCUUCCUACUCAGUCUCCGUGUUAGUGUUACAGAGAAUGUCACGACAACAGCCACGACCGUCACCUCCACCAACGGCGGCACAACACCGACCUGCCUACAGUGGAGAGACGUGCUGUUGUUGGACUGGGAUGACAUUAGUGACGACUCGGGUAUGGUGAAGGGACUUAAAGAAGCGGGUAUCCCAGUGCGUGUGAUGAAUGACGAUGACAUCGAUGACGUGGCCACGGCCCGCAGUGACGUGGUGUGGGUGACGGAUGGACCUCGUGUUUGUGGUCUGGAGAGAAAAGUCGUCGUCUGUCUUGAGGAAGAUCUCAAUGCCCGGUUCUACUCCAUGUCCCGGUGUUGUACUCACUCACAUCCUGACUUCAAGUAGCAGCAAAGACCAGAUGAAGCAACAAGUGAAGAAUGAUAACACAAACAAGUGGCUGGUGCCGGUGGCCAAGUCCUGUCUCACAGCCAACAACAUUCAGUCAGCGGAGAUGUUGUCAGCGGA